GGUCAUAUACCACACUAGGGAACAGCACUCCAGGCUGUUGUCUGAAACUCCACCAUUCAGGUAUCGCGAAUGUUCAGCAUGCUACAAGCUGUCACGACUCUUCAGCGGAAACUAGACCAAGGUUGUCACUGUCAAGGUCAUAAGGUACACAAGCUGCCACAUUGAUGUUUUGGCAACCCAUAGGUAAAAUAGGAUAGGUAGAUCCCGCGCCUCAUCUGUCAGCCUCAUGGCCGCCUAAUCCUUCUUCAUCGGUUUCACAUUUAACUUCUCUCUGUGCCCACCAUCUUUGCAUCGUUGUGUUCGCGAUGUAUGCAUCCAGUUCCCGGACAUCCACCACCUAGUGGCAACCCUGUUCCUUCGACGCUAUUCAAGAGUCCUAAUGCGCCAAAUCUGUUUCAUAUGAUACUAUAGUAGCAACAGGGUGUCGAAAUCAAGAGCACGUCCACUAAAGCGACGCGAUGAGCUCUUGGUUGCAACGAUUGAGAGGGCGAACAGGCACUGAAGUACCACAACGGAGGACGACAGAUCCACCAGCCCAAAAGCGAAGAGGCUCCAUCAGCGCCCCUCCCAAAGACCAGAACGUUCCCAAGAAGCGCUUUCAGAUUCAUCAAAAAUGUCUAUACGAGCGCACUCUGCCAGGCAAUGCUUUCAUUUCCGCGCAUGUGAACCGCUUCCAACACGGAUACUACGAAUCAAGUGCUCUUCACGAGUCAGUCAUCGGCAACCUGUACUUCGUUUCGGUCCACUUUGUCUUCCAUCCUCAUGACCCACGGUCACAUCGCUUUAAAAGCGCGGAGAUAAAAGUGUGCGUCCAUGGCGACGAUGAUCACACGAUAUCUUAUGAGGCUCCAAGAUGUCGGCCUCCUACCUCGCGUCCUCGCAUCCUGAAGCAUGCUCCAGAGUUGAUGUUUGGCGCUGUCUCACCCGAGAACCUUCAGUGGAACUUCAGCUUGUCAAGCUCGUUGGGUGUCUCGCAAGCGCCUGUGUCUGCCACUGUGAAUCCUACGGGGGGUAUGAAGGGUAGUUACAAGGUCUAUCAUAUGAUGAGCAUCCAGGGCUCAGUGCGCUCGAAGCGAAGCCCAUUGGGACCGGAGUAUGAUGUUGAAGAUGCAAUGGCUGUCUGGACGCUCGAGGAAAAUCUAUUGCAGCGGUCUGGCCUCCCACGCGAGUUCGAUUUCGUUCUGCUCGUGCAGAAGCCAGAUGAUGUCAAGAAUGUCUACUUGACGGUCAAUGUGGAUGCCGAAAUUGAAGCAUGGUACGGCACGUAUCCUAGAUGGUACGCGAAUAUGUCGAGAUAUCUGCCGACCCAGGAUUUUCACCUCGACUUCAAUGCUGAUAUUGGGCAACGGUUCCUACCUAGUCAGCCCGGACGAGGCUUCAACUUUGCUAGCUUACCGCGUCCGCUGGACGAUUAUGUGACGAUGCCAGGUACUGUGUAUCCGACAAAUCACACCAAAAAUGAAGAUGACAAGUAUGGUGAGCAGAAGCAGUUUAGGAAUAAGAUCAUCGACGAUGACAAGGCUAUCGAAGCGUCGCCAAUCAGCCCCCAAGCACAGCGAACUCCCAAAGUUCCAGGAGAUCCUAGGGCGCCUAGACAGAACCAAGCCCAGAACCAAAACGUAGGGCAGAGUAGACACAGCGGGGUGCCCGAGAACCUCAACGUCCGUGUUGUUCUUGAACACCAGUAUUCCCAAGCUUCCGACCCUCGACGCUUCUCCUAUUCGCCUCUCAGCAACCUUGAGCCAACACGGCGGCCCUCUAUACGACGCAGGAAGUCACGGUCAGGCUUGAAGGAAUUCGGUGCGAAGCAGGCUUUGCAUGAGAUGACUCAGAACGGCUUAGAGAGCAAUGAGCGAAGAUGGAGCGGAGGCGACAGGCGCAAUGAGCACAUAUAGUUGAAGAAUUCGAUGCUUUUU